UCUGCCGCCCUCUGGCCCCGCUCCCGCCUUGGCAUCCCCCGGCCCUGCACCUUCCCCAUGAAGCUGUGGCUGCUGGUCAACAGCCCGUGCGUCCACUCGGUGCGCUGGGACGCCCGCGGCGAAGGGCUGCUGAUCGACCAGGGGCUCUUCGAGCAGGAGGUGCUGGGCGUGGGGCUCGUCUCCGCCGGGGAGGAGGAGCUCUUCAAAACCAAGAACUUCGGCAGCAUCGUCCGCCAGUUCAACCUGUACGGGUUCCACAAGCUGACAGCGAGUCCGGCCAGCAGCGCGGCGGGGUCCCGGCCCACGGCGGGGGGCGAUACCAGCUACGCUCAUGGGCCCCUGCACCACUUCUGGAACCCGGACUUUCGCUACCACCGCCCCGACCUCCUGGUAAAGAUCAAAAGACUGACCAAGGCCAACAAGGAGAAGCUGGACGCUGGCUUGGAGGUGACCAGCCGCCUGCCCGACGACUUCCAGCACAUUACUGGACGGGGACUUGCUGCUGCCGCCCACGUCCCUCGGCGAAGCCGUAAGGAUCGGACAUUUCCAGUGGCCAAGCUGAUGUGUGGUCAUGUGUUCCCCCUGGAAAAGAGAGACGGUGUAAGUUGGAUGAGCAACAAGACAGAAAGACAAGGGAGGCCAGGAGGAGCUUGUCAGGCUUGCAAAGGAAGAAGCAGGGACAUACCUGCAUACCACACUGUGAAGGAGCAGAAGCAAAACUCACUGCUGGAUGUCUGUAACAGGCAAGGUUUCUUAGUUUAGGCAAAUUGCCAGCAGGGAUGAGAGCAACACGAAGAAACAUCCUUAAGUGCCAGAGAAGAAGGUGGUAUAUAUCCUACUUACUGAACAGUCUGUUGCUGGCCUGUCUGCUGCAGGUCCAUUCAUCACGGGCAGACUUACAGCAGAGAACGGUGUUUGAAUGGUCUCAGUGACAUUUUGGCUCUACUUAAGGUCAGUGGCCAAAAUGCUACAAGGCUCAAAAAGGUUAAUUCUCACCUUCAACCUGUAAACCAUUUAUAAAUCAUUUAUUAAAUACAACUCUUUAAAUUGUUGGACUGCUUAGUGUUUUCACUGCUAUGUGUGCAUGACAUUAAUAAAAGUGCCAUGGAAUCCAGCUAGUGGAAGGAAUAUAACUAUGUUAUGUUAUUACUGCUGACAAAAGAAGUAUAGGCUUUUCCCAAGAUUUCAUUGUCCCACUUGAAAAUAAACAAAGCAUAACUGCACUGUCUUUUUUUUCCUGAAACGUAAAAAUCACAACAGCAGUUUUGUUUCUGAAGAACACAUUUGGAAUUCCAAACUGGUUCAUUAGCUUUAAAUCAACAGUGUUUAACAUUUGGAUCAGUAUUUCAAAUAAUUCUGUUGAAAUAAUGGCUUUUUCUUCUUUAUUCAUUAGUAUCAGCCAUUGGACUGCUUAGAUCUUACUUCUGUCAGUGCUUUUUCUUCAGUUGUAUGAAUUUUCUGUAAUUGCACCUGUGAUACCUUACUGUAAUUUAGUUCUGUUGUCCUUAUUUGUAAA